AUGCUAAAUGAAGUGUUCGUGACGAUAACAUGCACAAUGGAUUACAACGACACUCUCAAUAUUUCGGAACCCUACAAGCCGUACUAUGAGCGACCAGAAACUUACAUUGUACCAUUGAUAUUCGCCAUGAUCUUCAUUAUUGGGGUGGUGGGUAAUGGUACUUUAGUUGCGGUUUUUGUGAGGCACAAGGCAAUGAGAAACGUACCAAAUACAUAUAUCCUGUCGCUAGCACUCGCAGAUCUUCUGGUAAUCGUCACAUGCGUUCCAUUCACAUCGCUUGUAUAUACAUUGGAAUCUUGGCCGUGGGGUGUCACUGUAUGCAGAGUGUCUGAAGCGGCUAAAGACGUCAGUAUAGGCGUUUCAGUGUUCACUCUCACGGCGUUAUCAGCAGAUCGGUACUUUGCCAUCGUCGACCCGUUGAGAAAACUCCAUGCUACAGGU